AUGUUUCCGAAGGAUAAAACUGUUUCAAAGCAGUGGUUAAUAGCGAUUCGCAGGGACAAUUAUACCCCUUCAAAACAUUCGUGUGUCUGUAAAAAACAUUUCAACCCUGACGAUUAUGCGUUACCUAAAGAACCAAAUACAGAAAAUCAGAGAGCUCUUCAACGUCAAAUGAAACGUGAAACUGUGAAAGUGUGUGUGCGAUACAGGAAAAUCAAUGUGAAGAACAUUUUACUUGAAGAAACAUGUGAAAAAAUAGACAUUGAAAAUUCAAAUAAAGAUGUCUCACUAUAA